UUCCGCUGUUUUUUUUCGGCAAAAUUAUCCACACCCAACGCCGCGCUAUGCAUUCUGGGAUAUGUUGGGCCAUGAAGUCUACACAGCCACAUCCUUCAAAUUCAGGGAAAUGAAGGACGCAUUUGUGGGCCACAUUUCGAGCAGCCUUUGAAUUGAAACUUAAAAUGCGGCCUUUAAGGCUGCAGACCCUGAAUUGGGAUACAGCCCCUGUUGCUCUCCCCUGUCUGUGUUCUCUGUCAAAUCCCUGUGUGAAGCCAUGUCUCUGAGUCUGUCUCUGUGAUUUUGUGUUUCCUGCUUUACUUUCAAGGUCUUUGUCUCAUGUCAGUGUUUUCAGUUUUGCUUCCUUGGUCUCGUUAGCCCUGAUGUCUCCCACCAGUGUUCACCUCCUGCCUCUCAUUCCCCUCGUUAUGUCCUGUGUAUUUUAGCCCUGUAUUUUCUGUGCUCCCUGUUGCGUCGUAAACGGCACUAAUCCUGUGCUGUGUGUCUCCCCGUGGAUUAGUUUUGUAUUGCCUUUUAUUUUCCAACCAGCAAUAAAGCUGCCGUUUUUGAGUUUCACUCCAGUCUUCCGAGAGUCUGCAUUUUGGGUCCUUUUCCUCGUUCCUGCCUGCACACAGCUGAACUAUGACAUUUAGCACUAUGGGGGCGCUAAUGUACAUCUACGCUGGUUGCCAACCACCAUGAACAUUUAAAGAGCAGAAGAAGAAGAAGAGGACACUAAUGAGUUCAGGUGCACGACAUGAGGAUUUAAUGAGACAGCUUUUAUCUUACUGCUUUCGUGGAAGAUCAGGGGAUGGCGGCAACAAGGCCACGGAGAGCUAAAAUAAAUCCCAGACAAGAUGCUAGGUAUUACUGCUCCUUAGGUGAAGACAAGGCAGGAUUUGAUGUGAGGUAUAUUGAUUCAUUUAAAGGUCGCGGUGUGUUCAGCUGUCGGUCAUUUCAAAAGGGAGAUUUUCUUUUUGAGUACAGAGGACAAAUCAUAACUAAAGAGGAACAAGAAAACCGAAUGAAACUUUACCAUGAUGCACUCAAGGUUUUCAUAUUUGAUUUCAAGUUCAAUGGAAAACAGUUAUGUGUUGAUGCUGCCAGAGAGGACGGCUCACUUGGCAGACUUGUAAAUGACGAUAAUGUGAAUCCAAACAGUAAAAUGACAGUUACCAGAGUGGAUGGAAGGCCCCAUCUCUGUUUGUUUGCAAUCAAAGAUAUUGGUCCAGGAGAAGAAAUCACCUAUAACUAUGGUGAUUCCAACUGGCCAUGGAGAUGCAAGAAAUCCAACAUGGUGGCAUCUCAGGCUGUGGAUGAGAUUGCAGCCAGUUCCUCUCCUAACGACGCAACAAAGAAAUCCAACAUGGUGCCAUCUCAGGCUGUGGAUGAGAAUGCAGCCAGUUCCUCUCCUAACGAAGCAACAAAGAAAUCCAACAUGGUGGCAUCUCAGGCUGUGGAUGAGAUUGCAGCCAGUUCCUCUCCUAACGACGCAACAAAGAAAUCCAACAUGGUGGCAUCUCAGGCUGUGGAUGAGAUUGCAGCCAGUUCCUCUCCUAACGACGCAACAAAGAAAUCCAACAUGGUGGCAUCUCAGGCUGUGGAUGAGAUUGCAGCCAGUUCCUCUCCUAACGACGCAACAAAGAAAUCCAACAUGGUGGCAUCUCAGGCUGUGGAUGAGAUUGCAGCCAGUUCCUCUCCUAACGACGCAACAAAGAAAUCCAACAUGGUGGCAUCUCAGGCUGUGGAUGAGAUUGCAGCCAGUUCCUCUCCUAACGACGCAACAAAGAAAUCCAACAUGGUGGCAUCUCAGGCUGUGGAUGAGAUUGCAGCCAGUUCCUCUCCUAACGACGCAACAAAGAAAUCCAACAUGGUGGCAUCUCAGGCUGUGGAUGAGAAUGCAGCCAGUUCCUCUCCUAACGACGCAACAAAGGACUGCGAUCAUGAUCUAGUCCCUGACGAAAUGUCAAGUUUAGAAAAAUGUUUUGCAUGUGGAGGACCUUUUUCGCCUCUGAAAUGGAGUGGUGUGAGAUGUGAAGCACAAAGUAAAAAUGGAGCGGGUAAGGUCAUUGAACCCAACAGAAUACUAAACAAGGAGAUGAAGCCAAGCAGUAAGAAGAAAACAAAUAAACAAUCUGCUUCUCUGGAAAAUGCAAGGAGGGUCAAAAAGCAUCCUUGGUCUCCCACGGAGGUUGCUGCGAUAAUGAAGCAUUUUGGCGAACAUAUCAAAAAAGGAAAACUGGCCACUAUUAUCGAAUGCCAGCAAUGCAAAACUGCAGAAGAUCCUGCUCUGGCUGGUCGUUCUAUUCAAAACAUCAGAGAUUUUGUGAGGAAUCGGGGCGUGUCGUUGAAGAAAAAAGAAAAUCCUAUGUAGAGGAGUCUACAUAACUCCAAAGUACUUCUUGGAGGAGUUACAAAAGAUAUUUUGUAUGUUUUGGUUUCUCAUUUAUUUAUUUUAGAAUUUUACUAUUAGAAGAUUGGUAAAUUCAUUUUGUUGACACUGUUUUAGUGCAUCUGAUUUAAGAGGACAUAUAAUUUUAUAUUGCCAGUUAUUUUCAUUUCUGUUAACAAAACAAUCCUGUUUUUGUAAAAUGCACUCAAUUUGUUCCUUUUAUUCACCUGUUGCCCUUUUAAUACACACAAAAUACAUGUUUGUGUAUGUGUAUGGCCUUUGUCCUGUUAAUAAAGUUAGCCCUGACAAUUACUGUUCAUGUCAGGGGGAGGAACCAAGUUACCUAAUUAGUGUUGUCCUCUUAUUACACCAUGGUGUCAGGUUCUUAUAUUUUGAGUUCUGGUGUGUUUUUCACAAUUUUGAAGUGAGAUUUGUGUUGUACAACUCAAAUGGGAUUUUUAAAGAUGCACUUCAUCUAUCUAGCACAAGCGGAAAGGGGGGUCCGUUUAGUGUUGCAAAAAUCUUGUUUGAAAAAAUUGUCCUUCCAAUUCACCUUUACCAGUAUGU